GAGAGGGUACAGCACUUCGUUAAUAUUCACUCUGACAACAUGUGUACUGCAAAAUGUUCCCGUGUCAUUGCUUUUACUCUGUAUCCAUUGGUGUUCAUAUCCAUCAUCUGUAACAUUGUGUUGUUCUUUCCCGGCGGGGACAUCAAGUAUGUCAAAGAUGGACAUAUCACUAAGGAGGUGAUGUACAUGGGGGGACUCGCAGGAGGAGGUGUAAUGGUGUUGAUCUCAGCAGUUUACAUCCACUCCACUGGAAAACAAGGCUGCUGUGGGAAUCGCUUGGGGAUGUUCUUUUCAAUUGCGAUCGCUGGAGUGGGGGUGACCGGUGCGCUGUACAGUUUCGGUGUGGCAAUGCUCGGUUUGAGUCAUGGGCCCCUCUGCAAUGAUGGUGGAACGUGGACGACACCUUAUAAAGACAGUGAUUUCUCCUACCUGACCGACUUCAAGUUGUGGGGAGAAAAGUGCACAGAGCCUAUGCACGUGGUGCAGUUCAACACUGUAUUGUUUGUUACCCUAAUGGUGACCAGCUGUCUGCAGGUGUUGGUCUGUGCCAUUCAGAUGAUCAACGGCCUCGUUGGCUGCCUGUGUGGAACCGGCAACGAGUGACCAUGACUUCCUGGUCAGGAGGCACUCACACGCAUCUGAAGAGUUGACUGGCGCCCCCUGCAGGAAGGCCAGGAGUAUUGUUCCUGGCUGCAUCUGCAUAAAACAUUCGCUUUGAAAUUGUUGUUGUACGGAAGUUGGGUGAAAACAAUAUUAUUAAGGGAAAAAAGGAGAUUUUAACAAUUUUGUAUUCAUUUGAAAUUUAAAUUUGAAUAAAGUCAGAGUUCAGUAUAAAAAAUAAAUCGGAGGAUGCUUAACAUUUUUUUAUUUUGAGAAUAAUCAAACUACUAGCGUUAGCGCAUAUACUAAAAGUUCAUCUUUAUUCUUGGCAUUUGAACUUUAUUUUCGAAAUGCAUAAUCUGAAAAAUGUUUUGAGUGUGAUUUUAUUUCCCGUAUGCCUGCCGCUAAUCGUAACAUUGUCUCUAAUAACAGAUGUUAAAUUUUGUAUGUGCAUUUCAUGAUGCUUGACACUGUUGCAAUGCUGCACAGUAUUAAAAAUAAUUCACGCUAAUUAAAUAAAUACUGUUAUGUUUCAUCAUAUAUAAUGUGGAUUGCAUAACUACAAUAAAUGUCACUCAAUACCGUA